AUGAAGAGCAGCAUCAUCCUCUCGCUUUGUGCCCUGGCAGCUGGGGCCCACGCACAGUCAAGAUCAGGACGCGGCGGUAAGGGCUGCUCCCGUAACGGCCCGUCCGGAAGACCAGGACAGAACGAGACCGCUAGCAAACCUCCAGUCUACAACGCACCGGAAGAUAGCCCAUCAACAAACGGGACCGGCAGCGGGAGCGGGAGCGGAAGCGGCAGCGGCAGCGGCAGCGUCCCAGACCUGUCGACCACCCUCCCCGCAUCCACCGGCACCGUGCAGGGGUCGGCAGCGAUCCAGGUGACGGGGUCCUUCGACGGCGCGAUGCGGCUGUACGAGCGGUCGCCGAGCGUGUGCUCGGGCGGCGAGUUGGGCCAGGACGCGGCCAUGUUCAUCCUGGCAGACGGGGCGACGCUGUCCAACGUGAUCAUCGGCGAGGGCCAGGCCGAGGGCGUGCACUGCCAGGGGACCUGCACGCUCAACAACGUGUGGUUCUCGACCGUCUGCGAGGACGCCAUCACGUUCCGGCAAGAGUCCGGGACGAGCUAUAUCAACGGGGGCGGGGCGUUCGGCGCCACGGACAAGAUUGUGCAGUUUAAUGGGCGCGGCACGGUGCAUAUUUCUAACUUCUAUGCUGAGGACUAUGGGAAGUUGGCUCGGAGCUGUGGGAACUGUAAUGGGAACGGCGGGCCUAGGGAGUUUGUUAUCAAGGGCGUGCAGGCUGUCAAUGGCGGAGAGUUGUGUGGCGUUAACUCAAACUUUGGCGACACGUGUACCAUAAUUGACUCCUGCCAGGCCGAGGGCAACGCCUGCACGAUCUGGGAGGCUACUGAUGGGGGUGGAGAGCCGACCAAGACGUCGUUGGAGCCGGACGGGACGGUCUGCAUUGCACAGAGCUUCCAGUCGACCUGCUGA